AUGCGCCCCGUAUUCCUGUUGGGUUGCCUCCUUCUUGAGAUUCUGGCCACUGAACUGGACGAGUCGAAAGAAUUCGACGAAUAUGACCAACUUUCGGCUGCACCGAGCUCAACGCUAUCUCCCGAAGAGACAUGUGGGUUGUGUCAGACAGCGCUUCGCACCGUAUUUGGACACUUUGGAGCCAGUGUACCCAGUCGGAGAAAACUCGUCCAUCAACUUAAACACGAGUGCAAACGACACUUCAAUUAUCGCAGACGAUGCCUUUUGCUGAUGAAGCAGCACUACAGCAUGAUCUACUUGGAGAUGACAGAUGGUUCAUUCAGCCCAAUGCAAGCAUGCUUAAUUAUGAAAGUGAGUUCGCAACAA